AGGGGUAGUGUGAAUGUAACUACAUUUCUCAACAAUACACUUUAUGACAGGCAGCUGUGGAGAAGUCGGCAGUCAUUUUAUUCCUUUAGAAUGCAGAAUUUUUCUUAUGAGUGGUAAGCAAUUCCGAACCGCAUCCUCCUUGUUAAUCGUAGGCUAUAGGAUGAAUUCGUCAGAUAAAUACAACUCGGUACUCUUCACGUUGGAAUUAGGUGAGUCAAUCAUGGUUCUUGAUCAUUUGUAAGUUAUAAAUAAUUGUUCGCUCGUGUUUUAAUGAUUCAUAUGCUGAUACGACAUUCUUUUUAAUUAUUUAAAUAAACCAUCUGUACGUUUAUGACUAUAUGUGAUAAAAUAUAUGAGUUAACCCAAUAAAGGAUUUUUGUUCUUUAUUUUAGGAAUGAUUUAAAAUUGAGGAUGUUUAAGCUGUUAGACAAAAUUCAGUUUAUAGGCUAUUAUGUGCGUUCAUAUAUUUUGCUGCUUUUCAGUUACUUUGGUACAGGCCGUAUGUGCUGCAGGGACAUGUGAUUCUGUAUUUAAAGGUUUCUCUGACUGUCUGCUCAGUCUUGGAGAAAACAUGGUGAACUAUCCCCAAGAGCUGAACCACAGUGAAAACCUACAGACCAUCUGUUCAUAUUGGGAUGAUUUCCACUCAUGUGCCUCCACUGCAAUUGCUGAUUGUCAAGACGGAGCAACAGACCUUUGGGAAAAACUUAAACUGCAGUCUUGGAGUUUAAACUACCAAGGAAGUUUGUUUGAAUUAUGCUCAAUGAAUAAUGGAGCAUCCAGAGUUUUAUUUUCAAUGGAACUGAAGAUAUUGCUGAUGUGUUUCACCACACUAGUAGCAUGACUGGCUUUUGAGUAAAAAAAAA